AAUUCCGAUUUACACAAUGGAUGUGUUAUGUAUUUUAGUAGAACGUGGCAUCGCCGCACUGGCGGAAGUUAGUAAAAAACGCAUAAUGUUAGGUUAGGUGUGAAAGAACGGGAGAAACACGUUAUUAUUCAUUGACACGAUUACCGAACAUUUAUUGUGCCCAGCAACUCUUGAAUACGGAUUUUGAUUGAUUCGAAUGUUAUACCUGUCUUUUUUAAUGCGUACGAAGGUUUUAGGCGCCAGUAAGUCGUAAGGUAUGGAGUGGUUAGGUUACUCAUUAGGACUGGUUGUAGAAAUACGACCUAGAAAUUGCAUAGAAAACCAUUUUUGAAGCUAGUUUUACUACUUCUUUGUCCACUACUGUUUUCUCAGCUUAUUUAAAAACGUCAAAAGCUGGGUGAGGUCCAAAUUAUGGGCAAUUAAAUGAGUGUAACCGUAUUAUUGAUAUGAGAUAUCAUUUUUCUUUUGAGAGCCGUGUACAGUGGGACUGCAACGGUGGUAAGACUCCGCCGGCUCAGAUGGUUUAAAGAAGAGGUUCACAACGUCUCCAAGUUACCAUUAAUCAUGAAGAAUAUCGUUUAAGGCAGAUCCUCCACAACUCGAUCAAUUGCAAUGGACUAUGUGGGUAGAGUGUCACUGGCAUACUGUAAAUGCUUCUAUUUGGUUGAAGCAUCUUGCAGCGUUCGCUUCUAGUUUUAGGUCUCUGGUUAUUUAAGCAAAUUCAAGGUUUUUGAACACAAAUUCUCCAACGUACACGUAUAUUUAGGUUUGUGAUAACGAUCAUGUUUAUUCAACAAUGAAAGAUACAAAGUCUUUUUUAUAACGUCAAUACAAAAAAUAUAGAAACAAAGGCUAACUAAGACAGUUUUAGAUCUAACGUUUCAAAUUCUUUGACAGAAUAAAAAGCGUGUUUCAUUAAAAUUUUUAAACCCUUCUUUUAAAUGUAAUUAUAAGGGAGAGCUCUUAUGUCUUCUGGCAUCUUAUUGUAAAGUUUAACAGCAACAUUUAUGAGAUUUUACAAGUCGUCUCUGUGGAAGUAUCACGUUAUUACUACUUCUGGUUCCAAACUUAUGAAUUUGACUAUGUAUAAUCCACCUAUCAACAUGUCUGCGCGCAAAGAGUACAAUUUCGAGAAUGUAACAGCUAGUCAUUGUUAGUAUAUUACUUUUAACAAUCAAAGGUUUGCAGUGCUCCAUUGGGUUUGUGAGUAUGGGCCUCUUGUUUUUAUGCUUUUCUACUGAUAUACGUACGGGCCAGUUCAGUAAUGUAUCAUCAUACUCAGGUUAUCUUACAAGCACUUUCGGAGCACGAAACAAAAAUAACGAUUCAUGAUUGUGACAAACAAAAAUAACGAUUCGUAAGUGAAGCAUGUCUGAACCAUUGGUAACUAUAAAAAAUGGUACCCUCAGAGGAGAAGUUGCAAGAGAUUACAGGGGUGUGGACUACUACAGUUUUAAAGGUAUUCCCUAUGCCAAAGCACCAGUCGGUCCUUUAAGGUUUAAGGCGCCUGCACCAGCGGAUGAUUGGCAGGGAAUAAGAGAUGCCACCAAACACGGUAGUAUAUGCAUAUCAAAAGAUUUUAUAACUGGUAGAGUGUCUGGGACAGAAGAUUGCCUUUUUAUUAACGUAUACACUCCAAACUUGCCCACAAAUGGUGACGGUUGCAAGCCGGUAAUGUGUUGGGUGCCCGGUGGUGGGUUUGUCAGUGGUUCAGGAAACGCGGAUCUAUACGGACCCGAGUAUCUAGUAACUGAAGAUGUAGUCCUUGUUACCUUCAAUUAUAGAGUAGGCUUACUAGGAUUUUUAAAUUUUUCUGACCCUUCCCUUGAUGUACCCGGUAAUGCGGGCUUAAAAGAUCAAAUCAUGGCAUUGAAAUGGAUUCAAGAAAAUAUCGCGAAUUUCGGAGGUGACCCACAUAAUGUUACAAUAUUUGGUGAAAGUGCUGGAGGUGCUUCUGUUCAUUUAUUAAUACUUUCACCGCUCGCCAAAGGUUUGUUUCACAAGGCGAUUAUGCAAAGUGGGGUCGCCACUGCAGGGUGGUCGCGUGGGCAAGCCACCCUUCCCAUUCUCAAAAAUGUUUUAAGUGUGCAAGCUACUGAGAAACAGUACUUGGAAAUUCUGCAACAAAUGUCUUUUGAUGAUAUUAUACAACUACAAAUGAAAAUUCCAAAUGCACUACAGCCCUCAUUUUUCCGACCAUUUGGACCUGUCAUCGAAAAUGUCCCAUCAAACACUGCUUUUCUCACAAAGGAGCCUUUGGAAAUAAUGCGAGCAGGAACUUACAACCAGGUUCCAAUUAUUAUGGGAUAUACCUCAAGAGAGGGCAUGGUGGUAAAUUACUUUAACGAUCAUUUCUAUAAUUACGUCGCUGACAGAGUGCCAGUUGACUUCGAGCUUGAAAUACCUUUCAUUUGGAAUGUUCCUAAAGGUAGUUCAUUGUCUAUGAAACUUGCUGAGGAAAUAAAGUCCUUCUAUUUUGGCAGUGAGAAACCGUCUCAGAAAAAUAGAAACCGCUACUAUCAGUUGCAAGGAGAUUCUCAUUUCACUUGGCCGCUACAUUUUACUUUAAGCCACUUUAUAGAUUCUCAUUCAAGUACCAUUUACAUAUACAGGAUGUCUGUGGACACAGAACUCAAUCUCAUGAAGAAGGUUAGUGAAGAACCUGGUCCAGGUGUUUGUCAUGCUGAUGAUCUAGGAUAUCUUUUCAUGAACCCAGCAACGCUACCUCCACCAGAGCACAGUACCGAAAUGAAAACUGUGAAGCGGUUUAUAAAACUUUGGGCCAAUUUUGCAAGAACCGGAAAUCCGAAUUCUAAAGUGACGGAUUCUCUAAUAAGCGUGCUAUGGAAACCCGUGGAAAAAGAUCGGGUGCAUUUUUUAGAAAUCGGAGAAAAUUUAACGGUCGGCGUUAAUCCAGAUGAAGAUCGAAUCGCGUUUUGGUGGAAAUUGUUCCGCUUUGCGCAGCGCAAAUGAUAUAACCAACUUGCAAAUCUUAAAAUAGAUUUUCUACGGCAAGAUAUUUAUUCAAACCACUCAAUUUUCGUAUUUUUAAUUUGUCAUUGUAACCUGUAACCUUAGUAAAUUUUUAAAAAUGUUUA